GAAAUGUCCUGUUUUUCCAGAACAGCCAUGCUCUCUUUCAGGUUCUUCACGAUGUCUGCAGGAGAUUUGUGAGACUUCCCAAAAGGGAACGGCAUGACGGCAGCGACAGAGGCCUCCGCCGCACUCUGCCUGCUUGACGGGGCUGGGCCGGGCGGCUCCCUCUCCGCCUCCGCGUCGUCGCCGUCCCCGUCCUCCGCCGCCGCCGCCUCGGGCUGCUCGCUCGGUCCCCGCGGCGCGGCUCGGGCGCUCGGCCCCUCCGUUGUCUUCCGCCCGCUGCUGCUCCCGGCUCCCGGCUCCCGCGGCGGCGGCGGCGACCCAGAGGCUCCCGCGGUGGCCGCCGCGCUGCUGCUGCGCUCGCUCGAGCCGCGGCUGCGACUGCAGGGUUCGCAGCCGCCUUCGCCUCCGCCUUGUCCCGGCUCCUCAAAGACCAGAGUCUCUCAGGCCGCGCCGCUCCCGGCGCCCCGCUCCCGGCCCGAGCCCGGCUUUGACUUGCGCACUGCGCAGUCGCCGAGGGCGCGACGUCGGGCGGCGCCGCAACGCCCCCUCUGGCCUCGAGCGCCCCCGGGCGACCGGGCGGACUCAGGACGCUGGAAUCGCGCGAGACUGAACGCAGGGGGCUCCGCAAAGCAGGGGUGGGGGCAGUUCCUCUUCCUCCCCAUCUGCUGCUUGCUGCUUCUUGGAUGCUGGCGCCUGCACACUCUCUCUGGACAACGUACGCCCACGGUCAACGACCACUUCCUCAACUUCUAUUUAUUUUUGCUAAAGGCCCAAAGCUGAUUUUAUGCAGACUGAAUCUUUUAUUCUUGAGCUCAUAGCUUCGUUUUGUCGUCUCUGACUGCAAAGCAAGUGACAGGAUGUUCCGGAGCAAGAGGAAUCAGCCUGGAGUUAAAUCCCAGCGCCGCCCCUCAGGAUCCACCGGCUAGUUCAUGGCCCUGUGACUGGGUUUCUCACACGUUAAGACAAUGUAAAAUAAAAUAUGAGCUGAA